UUUAUGUGGGGCCCACUUCAGUGAAAGAAGCCUGUGACGGUUAGGUGGUGCGCUUGAGGUGAAGAGGCAGACAGCGAUGGCGGCUCAUGACGGAGGUGCGGGUGGCGGGGAAGGCCAGGGAGAUGACCAGGGUGACCCCAGCCAAGGCAUCUUUGCUGAUGUGGCUGCUGAGGAGGGCAUAGACCUUGGAGAAGUUUCGCAGAUUGUGGUGAUACCUCACGGAGUGGGGUCCGGUGGGCCAGCUGUGCUUGUGGUCAGUAGGAUGGGGCCACACCAGCAUGAAUUCUACCUCAGGGUGCCUUUCCUGUCAUCCAUAGAGGCAGAGAUCACCCGAAGAUCCCUGGCUCCCCUUCAGGACACUGCUGAGAUUCACAGGGAGCUCACAGUGAAUGGCUGCUUGAUGAGGGUGAGAUGGGUUUCUGAAGACCUUGACUGUUUGCAUGCACUGUUCUCCUCCUUCCUUGAAGACCUUUGUGCCGUCUUCCAAAUCAUGGAGCUCUUGAGACCCUUCCUUACCACCAUCGUAGCAGAAGAAACGGACUGAAGCCUGUAUAUCCCACGCCAGACAAUGCAUCUUCCCUAGGGCUUGUUUACUGGAUUAACUGUCCUAUUCCCCCUCGGCCCUAUGUUUUACCCUUUAUUAGUUAUGGUUCCUCAGGCCUGCUUGUUUUCUUUCCCUGUUGCUGAAUGACACUAUUAAAUGUUUCUCACUUCAUAAAAUAAAGC